AUGGGAAAGUUGGGGAAGAAGGCAAGGAAGUUUGCAAAAAAGAAUUUGCAGUCUGUUUUGAGGAACAAAAGGAAGUUAAAUUCCAAGUUCAAAAGGAAAGCUUCAAAGAGAUAUAGUCAGGAUAUUGAAGAAAACCUAGAGAAUGAUACAUCAAAUCCAUCAGUUGGAAGAAAUAUAGUUGAAGAAUUUCAAGACACUUCUCUUGAUGCUCUAUUCAGUGAAGAUGACAGUGAGGUGCUUGGAGAUAAUUCGGACAGUGAUGGAUUUCUUUCAGAGGACUCAAGCUUUUCACAUGUUUCAGGAAGCGACAGUGAAAAUGAAAAUUAUAUUGGGAAUAGCAAUGGUGCUAGUUCCUUAUCGGUGCAAAACAAAGAUAUUUGUGCUGAACUUCUAAAAAAAUCAAAGAAGUUGAACAAAUUGAAAGAAAAGGUGGACCCUAGGUUUUCUAAAUUUCUACAACGUUAUGAUAUGAAGAUUGAACAAACCAAAGAUGAGGAAAUUAGUUCGGAUGAUGGAAAAAGUUUAGAACUGGUGCAGCCACUGGAUAACAAUAAUGCAUGUUCUCACGAGGGUAAAAUGUUGACAAGUGCAUCUGUUGAUUCAUUGUGUAAACUGGUCAAAGAACAGUGUAGUGUUCCUGCCCUUACUUGUCUCAUAAAUGCUUAUAGGGCAGUAUGCCACAAUGAUUCUGGCGCCACCAGUGUCAGUGGUUGUGUCUUUUCUCGUGGCAUUCAAAAGAGUGAAACUUUCUGCAAGAUAUUAAUGUUCAUGCUACAUGAGGCUGAUACUACAUUUAGGAGGUUGUUGGGGAUAUCAAACUCAAGUUAUAGGAAGGAAGCCGUUUUGGACCUAAAGAAUACAACAAAGUGGUUGUCUCUUAGACCACUUAUCAAGUCCUACUUAAGGAGUACUGUGUUUCUCCUGAACCAGGUCACUGACUCUGAAUUAUUGGCCUUCUCAAUUUGUCGGCUCAGAGCUUCAAUCAUUUUCCUCUUUGCAUUUCCAUCUUUACUGCGCAAUCUUCUUAAGAUUUCUGUUCAUCUCUGGGCAACAGGUGAUGGGUCUCUAUCGUCACACUCCUUUCUCAUCAUACAAGAUAUAUCUUCUAUGUCUAGCUCUAGUUGGUUCGACUUCUGCUUUGUCAAAACAUACAAGGCCUUCAUUAGUAACUCUCAAUUUGUUGAGCGAAAGUUUGAACAUAUACAUUUUCUAAGGAAUUCCUUUGUGGAGCUAUGUUGCUUAGAUAUGCAAAAGUCAUCUAACAAAGCUAUGGCAUGUAUAUUGCAUCUGGGUAAGAUAUUGCAGAAAGGGUGGGAAACUAAAAAGAAGGAGGUGGUUAAGACAAUUUGCAGUUGGCAGUACAUCAAUUGCAUUGAUUUGUGGGUUACGUUAAUAUUAGUUAACAUACAUGACUAUGAUCUUCAGCCAUUGCUGUAUAUGAUCGUACAGAUUAUAAGUGGAGUUGCUCUCCUGUUUCCUGGGCCUAGAUAUUUACCACUGAGACUCAGAUGUAUCCAAUGGCUUAAUAAUCUUUCCGGUUCAAGUGGGGUUUUCAUCCCUGUUACAUCAUUGGUGCUGGAUGUUUUAGAAUACAAAAUUACCAAGGAUAGUGGUAAAUCUGGCAAAGUCUUGCAACCUAUGUCUACCGUAAAGCUUCCAAAGCAUUGGCUAAAAUCACGUGGCUUCCAAGAAGAGUGUGUCUCAUCUGCCAUUGAGCUCCUUUCAGAGCACUUUGCACAAUGGAGCUACCAUAUAUCUUUUCCUGAGCUGGCGACAGCACCACUUAUACACCUCAAGAAGGUCGUUGAGAAAACUUCUAUUGAGAGUUUCAGACGGAUUAUCAAGCGUUUCAUUGAUCAGGUGGAGAUGAAUAUUGACUUUGUGCAAAAGAAAAGAGAAGAGGUGCCUUUCUCACCAAAGGAUCAUCAGUCUGUCGAAUCAUUUCUUCAGGUUGAGAAACGAAAUGGUAACAUGCCAUUUACACAAUACUAUAAAAGCAUCAUGAGCAAGGCUGCUUCUAGGAAUUCAAUUUCAAAUAGAAAGUCUCUGGUCAAAGGAAAGAAGAAAAUGCUACAACCAAAUGGCAACUUUGACGUGGUGACUACUGACUCUUGA